AUGGGUAUGACGAUGUGAGAGGAGAGGGAGUUGACAAUGAAAGGCAGGGACUGAGACGAGACCAGAAAGAUGAACGAGGGAUAGGAAGAAUAGAGGGAAAGAGAGGCCCACAAGUACAGAAAUAGUAGGAAGAGGUAUUAAUAAUUCAUCGCCAGCGAAAGUCAUUAAUGCUUAAUGUCAGAGAAUGCUGGAGAGAUUGCUUGUGUGAACUGUUUUUGGUAUGGGCACCGUUGUGGCACCCAUUUUGUGGAUGUUGCUUAGUCACAUGUAUUGGCGUACAAAGUUUCCGCAUACCACAGCAGUUUUCGACUUGCCACAAUGCACAGUUUGUAAACUGUAGUUGGAAGCAAACUGUAGUUGGAUGCCAAAUGAGGUAUACAGUUUGCUGUCAAAAGUGUAGGUGUAAUUCGGGCAGGUUUAUUUGACCUUCUCAUCAUUCUCCAGCCUCCACAUAGCAAGUCACCUUGUAAAAUGGCCUUGCAUGUUGAUGGGGUGACAGACGCACACCUUGUGCCCAGUAACAGUGCUGCUGUGUGGCAGAUUGCUAUGACAUUGUGACAUUGGUCUACAUACUGCUUUGGUGACACUGUCAGAUUACCCUAGCCUGAUUUAUCAUGGGUUUGACUGGCCUUGGUUAGUCUGUCUCAGUAGAUGUUGCCCUGGUACAGCACAAAAUGUGGUUCUCCAAACUCUGGUGGUUCUGAACUUCUGGUCAAGGUUCUGGUAGGGACAUCAGAGCAUUGACCCAGUAUGAUAAAUCAUUUUGUCUUGAUCCGGAGAAAUGUAUCCAAAAAUGUUUUCUGUAUAUUUAUAUUUGCAAGAAUCCCAUCUAAGCAUCACCUUUCCCUGUUUCUUGUGAGACGUUUGAUCUUAAUGAGCAGUUUCUUCCUUCCACCUCAUACUAUAUUGUUUCUGAUAUGUCUGUAAAAUGACAAUAGUUAGAUUUUGGAGGGAUGAAAAGGUCUGGCCAAAGAAAAUGACACAGCACAGUGUGGUUCAAAGGAGUACCCAUUUGUUAUCAUUCCCAAGAACUACGCCCAACUAGCCAAAAAUUAUUCAAGACCAAUAGUCUGAUUCCUCAGACGAGAAACUGUCAACUUUGCAGUUCAAACAAUACUGGCUUCAACACUGACUGACAGUUUGGUAUUCUUCCGCCUCCUACAGCCUGCUCUGAACCACUGUUACAUCUUUAUUUCCAAAGCAGAGAUGAUAUGAUUGACUCUCCUCCCCCCUAAUCACUUGAGCAUUAAAAACAUAUGACCAAACUGGAAAUAAAGCAGGGGCAUGUGAAACCUCAGUCUCCCCCACAUCCCCCCAUAUCCCUUGGUCUUGCAGCAGAGGUAUGAAGUAUGGUCUGUGAACUCAGCACAGCCUCGCAUUGGGGCUGGGCUGAUCUCAUGCUUAAUGGAUGAUGUGUCUCGGCUGACUACGUAUUUGAUGUUUCCUAGACUGGAGGCUGGCGCAGGUCGUUAGCAUGUUUGCUCAGUGAGCUGGAUGAGUCGGGAGAGAGCAGGAGAGAGCGAGGUGGAGAGAAGGGGCCAGAGAUGUGCCAAAGAGACAAGUGCUGUUUUCACCGUAUGGUUUUAGCUCUACUGUAUUGCAGCCUGCCUGCCAAGGCCUGUCAGGUUGGUCAUGUCAGCAAAAAACCUCUUCGAAAAAAAUAACUCACUGCAGGCCAGGGCUUGACCAAGGUGACAUUGAAGUGUACAGAGGUGGUUAAUAUAUUUUUUAAGAGGUUUACAGGAAGGAAAGUCUGUCUUGGAAGAGUAUUCUGUUUGUGUAGUAAAUCUUUUUAUGUUGUCAAGCAUAGCAAUUAAAAUACUUUAGCAAUGAAUACAAUCUCAUGUAAGUUCAAUACAUUUACAUUUUAGUCAUUUAGCAGACGCUCUUAUCCAGAGCGACUUACAGUUAGUGAGUGCAGACAUUUUUCAUACUGGCCCCCUGUGGGAAUCGAACCCACACCCCUGGCGUUGCAAGCGCCAUGCUCUACUAACUGAGCUACAGUUGGUAGAGCAUGGAAGACACACACUCAAACCUACACAAUUAUUGCCAUGAUCCAAUGAUGCUUACAAGAACAUACAGUUGAAGUCAGAAAUGGUACAUACACUUAGGUUGGAGUCAUUAAAACUUGUUUUUCUACCACUCCACACAUUUCUUGUUAACAAACUAUAGAUUUGGCAAGUCUACUUUGUGCAUGACACAAGUCAUUUUUCCAACAAUUGUUUACAAACAGAUUAUUUCACUUAUAAUUCACUGUAUCACAAUUCUAGUGGGUCAGAAGUUUACAUACACUAAGUUGACUGUGCAUUUAAAUAGCUUGGAAAAUUCCAGAAAAUUAUGUCAUGGCUUUAGAAGCUUCUGAUAGGCUAAUUGACAUCAUUUGAGUCAAUUGGAAGUGUACCUGUGGAUGUAUUUGAAGGCCUACCUUUAAACUUAGUGCCUCUGCUCAGCGCCUUUGCUUGACAUUAUGGGAAAAUCAAAAGAAAUCAGGCAAGACCUCAGAAAAAAAAUUGUAGACCUCCACCAGUCUGGUUCAUCCUUGGGAGCAAUUUCUAAACGCCUGAAGGUACCACAUUCAUCUGUACAAACAAUAGUACGCAAGUAUAAACACCAUGGGACCACGCGGCCGUCAUACCACUCAGGAAGAAGAUGCGUUCUGUCUCCUAGAGAUGAACGUACUUUGGUGCGAAAAGUGCAAAUCAAUCCCAGAACCACAGCAAAGGACCUUGUGAAGAUGCUGGAGGAAACAGGUACAAAAGUAUCUAUAUCCACAGUAAAACGAGUCCUAUAUUGACAUAACCUGAAAGGCCGCUCAGCAAGGAAGAAGCCACUGCUCCAAAACCGCCAUAAAAAAGCCAGACUACGGUUUGCAACUGCACAAGGAGACAAAGAUCGUACUUUUUGGAGAAAUGUCCUCUGGUCUGAUGAAACAGAAAUAUAACUAUUUGGCCAUAAUGACCAUCGUUAUGUUUGGAGUAAAAAGGGGGGCGGCUUGCAAGCCGAAGAACACCAUCCCAACCGUGAAGCACGGGGGUGGCAGCAUCAUGCUGUGGGGGUGCUUUGCUGCAUGAGGGACGCUUUUUCAGUUCUGCCCACACAUUUUCUGUAGGGUUGAGGACAGGGCUUUGUGAUGGCCACUCCAAUACCUUGACUUUGUUGUCCUUAAGCCAUUUUACCACAACUUUGGAAGUAUGCUUGGGGUCAUUGUCCAUUUGGAAGACCCAUUUGCGACCAAGCUUUAACUUCCUGACUGAUGUCUUGAGAUGUUGCUUCAAUAUAUCCACAUAAUUUUCCUUCCUCAUGAUGCCAUCUAUUUAGCAAGGAGGCCUACAAACCUGACUCAGUUACACCAGCUCUGUCAGGAGGAAUGGGCCAAAAUUCACCCAACUUAUUGUGGGAAGCUUGUGGAAGGCUACCCGAAAUGUUUGACCCAAGUUAAACAAUUUAAAGGCAAUGCUACCAAAUACUAAUUGAGUGUAUGUAAACUUCUGACCCACUGGGAAUGUGAUGAAAGAAAUAAAAGCUGAAAUAAAUCAUUCUCUCUACUAUUAUUCUGACAUUCACAUUCUUAAAAUAAAGUGGUGAUCCUAACUGACCUAAGACAGGGAAUUUUUACUAGGAUUAAAUAUCAGGAAUUGUGAAAAACUGAGUUUAAAUGUAUUUGGCUAAGGUGUAUGUAAACUUCCGACUUCAACUGUACACUUUAUAUACAAAAGUAUGUGGACACCCUUUCAAAUUAGUGGAUUAGUCCUUUUCAGCCUCACCCGUUGCUGACAGAUGUAUAAAAUGGAGCACACAACCAUGCAAUCUCCGUAGACAAACAUUGGCAGUAGAAUGGCCUUACUGAAGAGCUCAGUGACUUUCAACGUGGCACCGUCAUAGGAUUCCACCUUUCCAACAAGUCAGUUCGUCAAAUUUCUGUCCUGCUAGAGCUUCCUCAGUCAACUUUAAGUGCUGUUAUUGUGAAGUGAAAAUGUCUAGGAGCAACAACGGCUCAGCCGCGAAGAGGUAGGCCACACAAGCUCACAGAACGGGACCGCUUAGUGCUGAAGCGCGUAACGCGUAAAAAUCGUCUGUCCUUGGUUGCAACACUUACUACUGAGUUCCAAACUACCUCUAGAAGCAACAUCAGCACAAGAACUGUUCGUCGGGAGUUUCGUGAGAUGGGUUUCCAUGGCCGAGCAGCCGCACACAAGCCUAAGAUCACCAUGCGCAAUGCCAAGCGUCGGCUGGAGUGGUGUAAAGCGCUCCACCAUUGGACUCUGGAGCAGUGGAAACGUGUUCUCUGGAGUGAUGAAUCACACUUCACCAUCUGGCAGUCCGACGGACGAAUCUAGGUUUGGUGGAUGCCAGGAGACGGUACCUGCCCCAAUUCAUAGUGCCAACUGUAAAGUUUGGUGGAUGAGGAAUAAUGGUCUGGGGCUGGUUUUCAUGGUUCGGACUAGGUCCCUUAAUUCCAGUGAAGGGAAAUCUUAACUUAAUACUACAGCAUACAAUGACAUUCUAGACGAUUCUGUGCUUCCAACUUUGUGGCAACAGUUUGGGGAAGUCCCUUUCCUGUUUCAGCAAUGCCCCCGUGCACAAAGCGAGGUCCAUACAGAAAUGGUUUGUCGAGAUCGGUGUGGAAGAACUUGACUGGCCUGCACAGAGCCCUGACCUCAACCACAUCGAACACCUUUGGGAUGAAUUGGAAAGGCAACUGUGAGCCAGGCCUAAUCACCCAAUAUCAGUGCCCGACCUCACUAAUGCUUUUGUGGCUGAAUGGAAGAAAGUCCCUGCAGCAGUGUUCCAACAUCUAGUGGAAAGCCUUCCCAGAAGAGUGGAAGCUGUUAUAGCAGCAAAGGGGGGACCAACUCCAUAUUAAUGCCCAUGAUUUUAGAAUGAGAUAUUCGAUGAGCAGGUGUCCCCAUACUUUUGGUAAUGUAGUGUAUAUGAAACAUUCAAUGUCUACAGACACUUUCAACUAAUAUCAAAACAGUUCUCGACCCUGCCUUGCUCAAGGGCACAUUGACAGAUUUUUCCCCUAGUUGGUUUGGGGAUUCAAACCAGCAAACUUUCAGUUACUGGCCAAACGCACUUAUCCGCUAGGCUACCUGCUGCCAUAAUUUGCCAUUUAGCAGACACUUUUCUCCAAAGUUAGUCAUGACAGCAUACAUUUUACAUAUAGAUGGUCCCAGGAAUCAAACCCACUACUCUGGCGUUACAAGUGCUGUGCUCUACUGACUGAGCUACAAAGGACCCGUCUUUGAACCGCCUUUAACGUCUGUAUGUUACAACUGUCUAUACAAGUCACAAGCCAACUCUCUCUCUAUAUAUAUAUAUAUCCUCUCCUUUUCGUUCUCAGAAUCCUAGAGAAGCGGCAGGAAAAUGGGGAGACCAUCGAGCUCACCGAUGAGGGCCAGGCAGUUAUCGUGGAGGAGAAGGAGAUGCCCGUGGUGGACUGCACCUGUUUCGGCCUGCCCCGACGCUACAUCAUCGCCAUUCUCUCCGGCCUGGGCUUCUGCAUCUCCUUCGGUAUCCGAUGCAACUUGGGCGUGGCCAUCGUCAGCAUGGUCAACAACCAAACUAUCUACAAGGGCGACAAGCCAAUCCUCGUGGUGAGUCCAAGAGUCAGAGAUAUUGUCUUAGAACAAAGGGUUCUAAAAGGGUUCUUUGAGGACAUAAUAACUAACCCCUUUUGACCGAAAAAAGGGUUGUUUGAGGGUGCUUUGUUGAGUGAAAACAUUUUACCUGAAACCAAAAAGGGUUCUCCUACAGGGACAAGCCAAAGAAAUCUAUAUGGUUCUAGGUAGCACCUUUGUUUCCAAGAGUGAUAUGUGUGACUUGUUGGUAACCAGUGAGGGGAGAAUUAAUCCCUAUUGUCAGUGGUGGUAUGUCUGCUCUCAAAGGGUCAGAGUUGGACCAAUCAGGUUGCUUUAGCUUUACCUCCUUCUCCUAAAUGGAUAAUGACCUUAUUGGUUGUAAUGACCAACAAACACGAGACUCAUGCCUUGUUGCACUAGCUGAAAGAGGAUUGUUGCUGCCAAUUGAAACGUGGUGGCUAUCAAAGUUGCUAGGUCCCUAUAAUCGCAAUGAAAUAGUUUGAUUAUCAACUGCGACUUUGUCUUUUACUGAGUUAAGACUUUGAUUAAUAAUUACCAUAGAAGGGUGGUAGUUACGGUCACUUACUUUAGCGAUCUCACAUACAUUUUUUCCCACCACCCCAGAAAAUCUUUUCCUCCCCUUUCUUUGUCUUGAACUCUCCUUUCGUUUAUCUCACUCUCUCACUCUCUCCAUAGAAAGCUCAGUUCAACUGGGAACCAGAAACGGUCGGAAUGAUCCAUGGGUCAUUUUUCUGGGGAUACAUAGUAACCCAAAUACCCGGGGGAUUCAUCUGUCAAAAAUUUGCAGCCAACAGGUCAGCUGCUUAUACUUAUAUGUAAAUAAUGUGCUGUGAAUUUUUCAAUAACUAUUACUGUAGAUAGAUUUCUAAUUCUAUUUCCUCUUUUUCCCCCUCUAUCACGCAGAGUCUUUGGCUUUGCCAUAGUGGCCACCUCAUGCCUGAAUAUGUUGAUCCCAUCGGCAGCACGAACUCACAUUGGCUGCGUUAUCCUUGUCAGGAUAUGUCAAGGACUCGUGGAGGUGCUUGGCUACAUUCCAUGGCUUCCCCUAGCAUACAUCAGAGUUCACACUUGCGCUAUGCUGACAACUGAUUGUUUUCUCUAUGGUGAACUGGCCACUGCCCGGCCAUGUGUCAUACUUGACUUGGCAUUUCACCUGAAAUACCCUAUGAGAGAAAGAGUUACACCAGGAAGUUAUGUCAUUGAUUUUAGGAGAUCAACAACUUUUCAUAUUAGAAAGAAAACAUUCUCGUCAAGUGUGACACAUAGCCAGUGUGUCACGCUCUGGCUCCGGGACUGUGUUGUUUGAGCCAGGGUGUAUUCAUUUGGUUGUGUUGGGUAUAGGGUGUGUUCAUUUGUUGUGUUUGGUUUUGGUUUUGUUUCCGUGUUUGGUCAGUGACUCCCAAUCGGAGGUAACGAGUGUCAGCUGUCGGCUCGUUAUCUCUGAUUGGGAGCCAUAUUUAUACUGUGUGUUUUCACCUUGUGGGUGUGGGUUUUUGUUCCAAGUUCAGUCAUUGUCACUGUGGACUUCACUAUCGUCUUUUGUUUUGUAUUGACGUGCUUUACUAAUUAAAGUCAUCAUGUUCACUCAACGCGCUACGUAUUGGUCUGCUCCCUUUCAAGACGGUCGUGACAGAAAAACCCACCAUCAAAGGACCAAGCAGCGUGUCCGGGAGCAAAGAGACUGGACAUGGGAGGAGGCGCCUGGUAAGGAGAUCGAGAGGCUGGCGAUGGCCCAGGUGGGCAAAUCGUGGUCCUGGGAGGACAUGCUCGGGGGCAAGGGACCUUGGGGGAAGAUCAAGGCCCUGGCGAGAGAGGAGCAACGGCGUCAGCAGGGUCAUCGUUGGAAGGACGUGAGGCAACCCCAAAAAGUUUUUGGGGGGGGGCACAUGGCUUGGGCGGCUGGGCAGCAGGAGGCUGCCACAGGGAGAUGUGGAGAGAAGGCUACCGGAUUACGGGAGCCAUUGGCGAAUAGAGGGAGGGAAGCAGUUGAGGCACGGCGUGAGAGACUGAGGUGUGUUACCAGUCCGGACCGGCCCGUUCCUGAUCCCCGGUUAAGGCCAGUGGUGUGUGUUCCCAGUACGGACCGGCCUGUUCCUACUCCACGCAUCAAGCCCACGGUGUGCGUCGCCAGUCCAGCCCGGCCGGUUCCUGUUCCACGUAGAAAGCCUACGGUGUGCGUGGCCAGCCCAGCCCGACCUGUUCCGACUCCACGCAUCAAGCACAAGGCAUGGACGACGGAGGCAAAGAUGGGGCGAAUCCAGGAGGCCACCAGGCCAGGGGUACACCGCCCUGUACGUCCUGUGCGGAUGCCUCACACAGAGUGUGUGAGGGUAGGCAUUCAGCCAGGACGGGUGGUGGCCGCUGUUCACUCCAGGCCUCCUAUCCGUCUCCACAGCCCGGUCCGGCAUAGUCCUGCUCCCCGCACCAAGUCCACGGUGUGCGUCGCCAGUCCAGCCCGACCUGUUCCUGCGCCACGUACCAGACCCACGGUGUGCGUCGCCAGUCCAGCCCGGCCGGUUCCUGCUCCACGUACUAAGCCUACGGUGUACGUCGCCAGCCCGACCCGGCCUGUUCCUGCCACCCACACCAAGUCUACGGUGCGCGUCGCCAGCCCGGUCCGGCCUGUUCCUGCCACCCGCACCAAGUCUAUGGUGUGCGUCGCCAGCCCGGUCCGGCCUGUUCCUGCCACCCGCACCAAGUCUACGGUGCGCGUCGCCAGCCCGGUCCGGCCUGUUCCUGCCACCCGCACCAAGUCUACGGUGCGCGUCGCCAGCCCGGUCCGGCCUGUUCCUGCCACCCGCACCAAGUCUACGGUGCGCGUCGCCCGGCCAGAGUCUGCCGUCUGCCCAACGGCGCCUGAACUGCCCGUCUGCCCAACGGCGCCUGAACUGCCCGUCUGCCCAACGGCGCUUGAACUGCCCGUCUGCCCAACGGCGCCUGAACUGCCUGUCUGCCCAACGCCGUCUGAACUGUCCGUCUGCCAAGCGCUGCAUAAGCCGCCCGUCUGCCAUGAGCCUUCAGAGCCGUCCGCCAGACCGGAGCCGCUAGAGCCUUCCGCCAGACAGGAUCAGCCAGAGCCUUCCGCCAGACAGGAUCAGCCAGAGCCUUCCGCCAGACAGGAUCAGCCAGAGCCUUCCGCCAGACAGGAUCAGCCAGAGCCUUCCGCCAGACAGGAUCAGCCAGAGCCUUCCGCCAGACAGGAUCAGCCAGAGCCUUCCGCCAGCCAGGAUCCGCCAGAGCCAGCCAGCCAGGAUCCGCCAUUCAGUCCGGUGCUGCCCCGUAGUCCGGUGCUGCCCCUUAGUCUGGUGCUGCCCCUUAUCCUGGUGCUGCCCCUUAGUCCGGUGCUGCCCCUUAGUCCGGUGCUGCCUCUUAGUCCGGUGCUGCCCCUUAGUCCGGUGCUGCCUCUUAGUCCGGUGCUGCCCCUUAAUCCGGUGGGGGUCAGUUGGAGGAGGCGACGAAAGCGGGUAGUGACUAUGGUGGGGUGGGGACCACGACCGGAGCCAGAACCACCGCCGAGGAGGUAUGCCCGCCCAGCCCUCCCUUGUUUAGCCCGUAUUGAGGCGCGGUCGCAGUCCGCGCCUUUAGGGGGGGGGUACUGUCACGCUCUGGCUCCGGGACUGUGUUGUUUGAGCCAGGGUGUAUUCAUUUGGUUGUGUUGGGUAUAGGGUGUGUUCAUUUGUUGUGUUUGGUUUUGGUUUUGUUUCCGUGUUUGGUCAGUGACUCCCAAUCGGAGGUAACGAGUGUCAGCUGUCGGCUCGUUAUCUCUGAUUGGGAGCCAUAUUUAUACUGUGUGUUUUCACCUUGUGGGUGUGGGUUUUUGUUCCAAGUUCAGUCAUUGUCACUGUGGACUUCACUAUCGUCUUUUGUUUUGUAUUGACGUGCUUUACUAAUUAAAGUCAUCAUGUUCACUCAACGCGCUGCGUAUUGGUCUGCUCCCUUUCAAGACGGUCGUGACACAGUGGCCAGUUCACCAUAGAGAAAUCAAUCAGUUGUCAGCAACCUUUCAGUACAACUGCAAAUAUGAAAAGUUGUUGAUCUCCUAAUGUAUCUCUUUCUCUCAUAGGGUGUUUCAUACCCAGCAUGCCACGGCAUCUGGGCAAAAUGGGCCCCACCUCUUGAAAGAAGUCGAUUGGCCACGACAGCCUUUUGUGGUGAGGUCAUCUUGCUCUUCUGUCAUUCUCUCUGUCUCCCGUCUUUGUCUGGACACUACAAAGGGACACAGUUUCGACUACAAUUAAUAUAACUUAUUGUGAUGACGUAUUUCUCCAUAAUUCUUCUUGUAAAACUGAUGUUUUCUACAUGACUAUAACCAUUUCAACAUCUAUUGUGACUAUUUCCACCAUUAUAAUCAUACUGUGAUUGCUCAAGAUAGUUCUAGUUCCACAGCAAUGUGUUUAAUGCUGUUGAUUUCCAUAUGACUGACCUUUCUGUCUCCCUCAUGUUUGAGUGUGUCUGCCUCUGCAUCUCAGGGUCCUAUGCAGGAGCUGUGAUAGCCAUGCCACUGGCUGGAGUGCUAGUCCAGUACUCAGGGUGGUCAUCUGUCUUCUAUGUCUACGGUUAGUGACCUCUGUUUGUCAUAAAUGUUCCCAACUUAAAGUGAUAGUCAGGGCGGGACUUAGGGGGUCUGGCCCGCCCUACCGUACCUCCUUGCCCGUCCAAAUAACAUAUAGAAAUAUUGGUCAUUUAUUUGACUGAGACGUGCGCCGACAGAAUGAUGCUUCUAUAUCAGAGAAAGCAUCCGAGCGAGGGAAACAGUGCCCAUCUGUCUCAGAAUGUGUAGACCAUGUAUCUGAUUCUGUAUGGACCAAAAGAGUAUGGCAUAUCAUACUAUUUCUGGCCAGACAGCAUCAGACACAUGGGCUACAUAUAGUGAGACAGAGGGGCGCUGUUUCGCUCACUCGGAUGCUUUCUCCAGUGAGAGAGUUUCAGCAGAGAGGAAGAGGCGAAGCGAGAGGGCUCACUCUCACCAAAAUCUGUCCAGAAUAAGCCCAAUGCGUUUCUAUGGACAUAGUAUGCAGACCAAAACUUGUCGCCUGCCUUCCCAGCUUUUGGACAACAACUCCCAUUGUUAGAGCGGAAACAUGAGCCUCUCGUCAUUAUAUACAGAACUCUGGUUUCAGACUCUUGCGAAUUGAAAAGGAAAGUUGGCAGGUGCAUGUUAGGAUAAUGGCUUCCCCUAAAGCCAAAAUUAUAUAAUUACUACUAAAUAAAAACAUUCAAAAUACUUCACCAGAGAGAAUGACUUGGCCACAGAGGAUCAUUAGCUUGUUCAGUUUGUAUGAUUAACCACGUGACAAUGAUUUUGAGAAACAAAAACGUUAUUAUUGAAAUUAAACUGUUCCACGAAAAUGCGCAUGUAAAAAAAAAACACAACUGUCACUCAGAUCAGUAGAAAUUAUCAACUUCCCCAAACUUGAAACUCACGAGCUGCCUAUGGUCUUUACUAUUGCACCCAUUAAAACUCAUUGUGAACGCACAAGCACAUGCACACAUAGGAGGUCCCGUGAAAAAACGUGCCCGCCUAUGGAAAUCAAAGGCCCGUCCAAAGGAUUCGUUCUGCCACAGGCUCUAGUGAUAGUUCACUUUCAUGUGAAGUUUGAGUUAAUUUAGGACUUCCCUAGGUUAUUGUCGUUUACUCCAAAUUGUUUGCUGGUUAUUUAGCAAAGUCCACAAUCUCCUGGCUAGAAUUUUUGGAGAACGUAGCAAUGCUACCGGAAAUGGAUUGUAUCUGUUAGCAAAAGUGAACAAUCCCUCAGUUCACUUCAAGUAUGCAAAUUCUACAAAGGCUUAUGAAUUGGUUGUGAAACAUGUAGCUCUGACCCUCAGUCUGUCCUAGUUUUAAACUUCCUAUUCCCUUUUCCUCAUCUUCCAUCAGUUCCCUCCUUUUACGCUUCCUCUAUUCUUCCUAUUUUCUCUCCACUCUUUUCACUCUUCCUUCCACCUCCCAGGCAGCUUUGGGAUCUUCUGGUAUCUCUUCUGGAUCCUGGUGUCAUACGAGAGUCCGGCAGCCCACCCUACCAUCACAGAAGAGGAGCAGAAAUACAUUGAGGAGGCUAUCGGAAUGUCAGCCGCUAAUGCCACACCUGUUACGGUUAGUCAACAGUACACCAAUUCCUCUAUCCACUAACUCACUUCUGAAUUAAACUUCACUUCUUCUCCAGAUCCACUUUUCAUGGCCCCUCCUUGCUGUGUUCUGAUGGUGUGAUUUAGUGUUUUUGAGCCUUUUUUUUUUUUUGUCAACAGUGGCUGGGUCUGAAAUGGCCCACUUUUCCCUAUAUAGUGCACUACUUUUGACCUGAGCUCUGGCCAGCACAACUCUGGUCAAAAUAGCUUUUAAGGAGAGCUUUGGCCCAGUGUUAAUUUCUUAAACAAAACUAGUGACAAAAAUAUUUGUCAAACAACCAUUUUUAAGUAGCAAUUGACGAGACUAUAAUUGACUAAAUAGACCCAGAAAAAACUAUAACUAAACAAAAAAGAUUUUUAAUUUCAGUUGACUAAAACAUGAUGAGACUAAAUUAUCUCUGUGACUAAAAUCUGACUACUAAGUGGACUGGACAAGAGUUUUUGGAGAGAUUGAGAGCUUUUCAGUGAUAAGCACAAUUAACAUUAGCAGCACAGAUGCGCAGCGCAGUUCUGUUCAGCAGUGGGAAGGACGUGUCAUACACAGCUUAAAUCAGCUGGGGAGCUGCGGAGGAGCAAGCGAUGAGGGCAGACAUGGAGACAGGCUCCGCUCCAUCUCCGGCUCCAAGGAAAGGGCAUUUAGUUGACUAAAAUGGCCCACUGUUUUCGUCAUUUUGACAAUCUAGACUAAAUCAUUGUUCAAAUGACAAAAGUGUGACUAAAACAUAAUGAUAUUUCAGUCAAAAUGACUAAGACUAGACUAAAUCUAAAAAAGAGUGCUGAAAUGAACACUGCUCUGGCCAAAAGCAGUGCACUAUAUAGUGAAUAUAGUGUAUUUUAGAGCACACAAUGGAAUCAUGAUAACACAAUCAACCCUGGUCUCAAUGUGGUGGUUGUUACAAAAGCUCUAAAUCAGUCUAACAUUUUUAAAAAUCUAUCGAGUAUCUUCUGUAUUACAUGUUUUGGGUUUUAUUUUACUGUGCACAAUUGCCUGCAACCUAACACUGAACGUUUUCUGGUCCUUCCUCUAGAAAUGGAACACACCUUGGAGAGCCUUUUUCACUUCGAUGCCAGUCUACGCUAUCAUCGUCGCCAAUUUCUGUAGAAGCUGGACCUUCUACUUGCUCCUCAUCAGCCAACCUGCAUACUUUGAGGAAGUGUUUGGGUUUGAGAUCAGCAAGGUGACUAAGACCAGGAAUAUCCAUGUAGAGCUGGCCUAGAGCUACACUCAGAAAAAAGGUUCCAAAAGGAUUCUUUGGCUGUCCCCAUAGGAGAACCCUUUUUGGCUCUAGGUAGAACCCUUUAUGGUUCCAGGUAGAACCCUUUUGGGCUCCAUGUAGAACCCUCUGUGGAAUGGGUUCUACAUGGAACCCAAAAGGGUUCUACCUGGAACCCAAAAGGGUUCUACCUGGAACCAAAAAGGGUUCGUCAAAGGGUUCUCCUAUGGGGACAGCCGAAGAACCCUUUUAGGUUCUAGAUAGCACCUUUUUUGCUAAGAGUGUAGUGCUGUACUAGUACAGGUUUAUCUGGCUUUGUGUGAUCCUAGGCUUUGUGUGAUCCUAGGGUUUUGUGAUCCUAGGGUUUUGUGAUCCCAGGGUUGUAUGAUCCAAGGGUUGUGUGGUCUCAGGGUUGUGUGAGCCCAGGGUUGUGUGAUCCCGGGGUACACACAUUUUAUUUUUAUAUUUUCUUGUGAGGACUACUAACAAGCAGAGGCAUGCUCCUCUAAGUCUUGUCUUAUUUGUUGUACUGUACUAAAAAAUAUCUUCCCUCUCCAUCCUCUGCCCACCUCCUAUCCACCCCGCCACCCCUCAUCCCAGGUGGGCUUGGUGUCGGCCCUCCCCCAUCUAGUGAUGACCAUCAUCGUACCGAUUGGGGGCCAGCUGGCUGACUACCUACGCACAAACAAAAUCAUGAGCACCACCAAUGUCAGGAAGAUGAUGAACUGUGGAGGUAAGAAAGGAGGGUGAAAAGAGGAGGAAGGAAAGAGGAGGAAGGAAAGAGGAGGAAGGAAAGAGGAGGAAGGAAAGAGGAGGAAGGAAAGAGGAGGUAGGAAAGAGGAGGAAGGAAAGAGGAGGAAGGAAAGAGCGGGAGCAGGCGGCAGGCGGCAGGGCAAGAGAUGUCAUCGAUUUAGAAAUUUGCUAUCAAGUGUUUGUAUCCAUGAACCAUAAAAUAUUAUUGGUUGUUUGUAUCAAAUCAAAUCAAAUUGUAUUGGUCACAUACACAUACGCAUACAGAUGUUAUAGCAGGUGUAGCGAAAUGCUUGUGUUCCUAGCUCCAACAGUGCAGUAAUAUCUAACAAUACACAACAGUACACACAAAUGUAAAAGUAAAAGAAUGGAAUUAAGAAAUAUUAGGACGAGCAAUGUCGGAAUCCAGAGUAAAUAUAUAUAUAUGUGAUGGGAUUUAUGGAGAGUAUGUGGAUAGAAUAUGUAGUAUAUCUGUAGAAUACGUAGGAUAGAAUAGUGGUCCUCUGUAGCUCAAUUGGUAGAGCAUGGUGCUUGUAACGCCAGGGUAGUGGGUUUGAUCCCCGGGACCACCCAUACGUAAAAAAUAUAUGCGCACAUGACUGUAAGUCGCUUUGGAUAAAAGCAUCUGCUAAAUGGCAUAUUAUUAUUAUUAUAUUAUAGUAUAUGUACAGCAAUAGUUGAAUAGGAUGGUAUUGACUAGAAUACAGUAUUAUACAUUUGAAAUGAGUAAAACAGUAUAUACACAUUGUCACGCUCUGGCUCCGGGACUGUGUUGUUUGAGCCAGGGUGUAUUCAUUUGGGUGUGUUGGGUAUAGGGUGUGUUCAUUUGUUGUGUUUGGUUUUGGUUUUGUUUCCGUGUUUGGUCAGUGACUCCCAAUCGGAGGUAACGAGUGUCAGCUGUCGGCUCGUUAUCUCUGAUUGGGAGCCAUAUUUAUACUGUGUGUUUUCACCUUGUGGUUGUGGGUUUUUGUUCCUUUUGGUCAGUGUACCGUGGACUUCAUUGAGUCGUCUUUUGUUUGUAGUUCGAUAACGUUUAUUUAAUAAAGUCAUGUUUCUUGGACAUGCUGCGCCUUGGUCAUACUUGGACGACAUAGACGACCGUGACAGAAAAACCCACCACAAAAGGACCAAGCAGCGUGUCAAGCGGCAACAGGACCCAGCUCCAAAGGUCUGGACAUGGGAGGAGAUUUUGGACGGAAAAGGGUCCUGGACUUGGGAGGAAAUCCUGGAGGGGAUGGAUCGCCGUCCAUGGAGCGAGACAGUGGAGAGGCGACGGAGAGAGGAACAACGGCGUCGGCAGGGCCAUCGUCGGAGGGACGAGAGGCAACCCCAAAAAGUUUUUUGGGGGGGGCACAUGGCUUGGGCGGUUGGGCAGCAGGAGGCUGCCACAGGGAGAUGUGGAGAGAAGGCUAUCGGAUUACGGGAGCCAUUGGCGAGUAGAGGAAGGGAAGUUGUUGCGGCACGGCGUGAGAGACUGAUGUGUGUUACCAGUCCGGUCCGGCCCGUUCCUGAUCCCCAGUUAAAGCCAGUGGUGUGUGUUCCCAGUACGGACCGGCCUGUUCCUACUCCACGCAUCAAGCCCACGGUGUGCGUCGCCAGUCCAGCCCGGCCGGUUCCUGCUCCACGCACAGAGUCUACGGUGCGCGUCGCCAGCCCGGUCCGGCCUGUUCCUGCCACCCGCACCAAGUCUACGGUGCGCGUCGCCAGCCCGGUCCGGCCUGUUCCUGCCACCCGCACCAAGUCUACGGUGUGCGUCGCCAGCCCGACCCGGCCUGUUCCUGCCACUCGCACCAAACCUACGGUGCGCGUCGCCAGCCCGGUCCGGCCUGUUCCUGCCACCCGCACCAAGUCUACGGUGUGCGUCGCCAGCCCGGUCCGGCCUGUUCCUGCCACCCGCACCAAGUCUACGGUGUGCGUCGCCAGCCCAGCCCGGCCUGUUCCUGCCACCCGCACCAAGCCUACGGUGCGCGUCGCCAGCCCGACCCGGCCUGUUCCUGCCACUCGCACCAAACCUACGGUGCGCGUCGCCAGCCCGGUCCGGCCUGUUGCUGCUCCCCGCACUAGCCCUGAGAUGCGUGUCCUCAGCCCGGGACCACCAGUUCCGGCACCACGCACUAGGCCUUAUGUGCGUCCCCAGGGUCCAGCAUGCCCUGUUGCUACUCCCCGCACUAGCCCUGAGAUGCAUGUCCUCAGCCCGGGACCACCAGUUCCGGCACCACGCACCAGGCCUAUAGUGCGUCUCGGCCGGCCAGAGUCGGCCGUCUGCCCAACGGCGCCUGAACUGCCCGUCUGCCCAACGGCGCCUGAACUGCCCGUCUGCCCAACGGCGCCUGAACUGCCCGUCUGCCCAACGGCGCUUGAACUGCCCGUCUGCCCAACGGCGCCUGAACUGCCUGUCUGCCCAACGCCGUCUGAACUGUCCGUCUGCCAAGCGCUGCAUAAGCCGCCCGUCUGCCAUGAGCCUUCAGAGCCGUCCGCCAGACCGGAGCCGCUAAAGCCUUCCGCCAGACAGGAGCCGCUAGAGCCUUCCGCCAGACAGGAUCAGCCAGAGCCUUCCGCCAGACAGGAUCAGCCAGAGCCUUCCGCCAGACAGGAUCGGCCAGAGCCUUCCGCCAGACAGGAUCAGCCAGGUCCUUCCGCCAGACAGGAUCAGCCAGAGCCUUCGGCCAGACAGGAUCAGCCAGAUCCGUCAGCCAGCCAUGAGCAGCCAGAUCCGUCGGCCAGCCAUGAGCAGCCAGAUCCGUCAGCCGGCCAUGAGCAGCCAGAUCCGUCAGCCAGCCAUGAGCAGCCAGAUCCUUCAGCCAGCCAUGAGCCGUCCAGCCAGGAUCCGCCAGAGCCAGCCAGCCAGGAUCCGCCAUUGAGUCCGGUGCUGUCCCUUAGCCCGGUGCUGCCCCUUAUCCUGGUGCUGCCCCUUAGUCCGGUACUGCCCCUUAGUCCGGUGCUGCCCCUUAGUCUGGUGCUGCCCCUUAGUCCGGUGCUGCCCCUUAGUCCGGUGCUGCCCCUUAGUCCGGUGCUGCCUCUUAGUCCGGUGCUGCCCCUUAAUCCGGUGGGGGUCAGUUGGAGGAGGCUACGAAAGCGGGUAGUGACUAUGGUGGGGUGGGGACCACGACCAGAGCCAGAACCACCGCCGAAGAGGUAUGCCCGCCCAGCCCUCCCUUGUUUAGCCCGUAUUGAGGCGCGGUCGCAGUCCGCGCCUUUAGGGGGGGGUACUGUCACGCUCUGGCUCCGGGACUGUGUUGUUUGAGCCAGGGUGUAUUCAUUUGGGUGUGUUGGGUAUAGGGUGUGUUCAUUUGUUGUGUUUGGUUUUGGUUUUGUUUCCGUGUUUGGUCAGUGACUCCCAAUCGGAGGUAACGAGUGUCAGCUGUCGGCUCGUUAUCUCUGAUUGGGAGCCAUAUUUAUACUGUGUGUUUUCACCUUGUGGUUGUGGGUUUUUGUUCCUUUUGGUCAGUGUACCGUGGACUUCAUUGAGUCGUCUUUUGUUUGUAGUUCGAUAACGUUUAUUUAAUAAAGUCAUGUUUCUUGGACACGCUGCGCCUUGGUCAUACUUGGACGACAUAGACGACCGUGACACACAUUAUUAAAGUGACCAGUUUCCAUGUCUAUGUACAUAGGGCAGCAGGCUCUAAGGUGCAGGGUUGAGUAACUGGGUGGUAGCCGGCUGGUGACAGUGACUAAGGUUCAGGGCAGGGUACUGGGAGGAGGCCGGCUAGUGAUGGCUAUUUAACAGUCUGAUGGCCUUGAGAUAGAAUCUGUUUUUCAGUCUCUCUGUCCCAGUUUUGAUGCACCUGUACUGACCUAUCAGUCAGCUUGUGCCAGUUAUAUAACCUCUACUUUUACAGUACAUGAGCAAAACUACUCAACUACAAAGAGAAAUAGCAGGUAAAAAAAAGUUGAACUAAAAUAUUUAGGAAAGAUAUUGACCUGGAAAAUACAACACCUUGUUUUGUGGUAACCACGGAGUCCAGUUGGUGCAUGAGAAAAUGAUCACUGCAUAAGGCAAAUGAUGACUCACCGUAACGCAGUAUUGCUUGCCACUGUAGACUAUUUUUGAACUGCAGAGAAAUCAAUAGAGGAGUGAGGGGAAUGAGAAGCGUGUAUAUAUACUGUAUAUCUCACUGUGUGAAACUGCAACAUGUAGAGCCACAGUUAGGUUAUACUGCCCUCAAUACCCUUUAACUAGAAGGAAACAAAGGAAAUCAUUUUCUGCUGUUGUUUUAUCCACAACACAAAUCAAUCCCCAUUCAUUUACCUGUGUAUUCAAAGAAUGCUCACUUGAUUCUUGACUUCCUCCAUAUUUGUUUAUGUGUCUUUACUUCCUUGUAAUAGGUUUCGGAAUGGAAGCCACCCUAUUGCUAGUGGUCGGGUUUUCUCAUACGAAAGCUGUGGCAAUCACCUUUUUGGUUUUGGCUGUAGGCUUCAGUGGUUUCGCUAUUUCAGGUGAGACUUGGGUUGUUAUCUUUUAGAUCUCUCAUAUAUCUCAUACCUCUGCUAUUCUCUCCUCAAGACACGUUUUGGCAUUCUCACACAACAGAAAAGAAACAGUUAACCGCAGCACCUCACAGAAACGAAUAAGCUCCAUCAGCAGAACAACUAACCCUGAUCUGUCCAUAGAGAAUUGCAUAAUCUCUCAAACUCAGUUAUUUAGGGGAUCGUCUCUAUCUUGCAUAGAGUUUGGCUACUAAUACAGUGAGGGAAAAAAGUAUUUGAUCCCCUGCUGAUUUUGUACGUUUGCCCACUGACAAAGACAUAGGGCGGCAGGUAGCUUAGUGGGUAAGAGCGUUGUGCCAGUAACCGAAAGGUCGCUGGUUCUAAUCCCUGAGCCGACUAGGUGAAAAAUCUGUCGAUGUGCCCUUGAGCAAGGCACUUAACCCUAAUUGCUCCUGUAAGUUGCUCUGGAUAAGAGCGUCUGCUAAAAUGUAAAUGUAAUGAUCAGUCUAUCAUUUUAAUGGUAGGUUCAUUUGAACAGUGAGAGACAGAAUAACAACAAAAAAAUCCAGAAAAACGCAUGUCAAAAAUGUUAUAAAUUGAUUUGCAUUUUAAUGAGGGAAAUAAGUAUUUGACCCCUCUGCAAAACAUGACUUAGUACUUGGCGACAAAACCCUUGUUGGCAAUCACAGAGGUCAGACGUUUCUUGUAGUUGGCCACCAGGUUUGCACACAUCUCAGGAGGGAUUUUGUCCCACUCCUCUUUGCAGAUCUUCUCCAAGUCAUUAAGGUUUCGAGGCUGACGUUUGGCAACUCGAACCUUAAGCUCCCUCCACAGACUUUCUAUGGGAUUAAGGUCUGGAGACUGGCUAGGCCACUCCAGGACCUUAAUGUGCUUCUUCUUGAGCCACUCCUUUGUAGCCUUGGCCAUGUGUUUUGGGUCAUUGUCAUGCUGAAAUACCCAUCCACGACCCAUUUUCAAUGCCCUGGCUGAGGGAAGGAGGUUCUCACCCAAGAUUUGACAGUACAUGGCCCCGUCCAUCGUCCCUUUGAUUCAGUGAAGUUGUCCUGUCCCCUUAGCAGAAAAACACCCCCAAAGCAUAAUGUUUCCACCUCCAUGUUUGACGGUGGGGAUGGUGUUCUUGGGGUCAUAGGCAGCAUUCCUCCUCCUCCAAACACGGCGAUUUGAGUUGAUGCCAAAGAGCUCGAUUUUGGUCUCAUCUGACCACAACACUUUCACCCAGUUCAUCCUCCCGUGUCGUUCUGGGCUGAUUCCUCACCGUUCUCAUAAUCAUUGCAACUCCACGAGGUGAAAUCUUGCAUGGAGCCCCAGGCCGAGGGAGAUUGACAGUUAUUUUGUGUUUCUUCCAUUUGCGAAUAAUCGCACCAACUGUUGUCACCUUCUCACCAAGCUACUUGGCGAUGGUCUUGUAGCCCAUUCCAGCCUUGUGUAGGUCUACAAUCUUGUCCCUGACAUCCUUGGAGAGCUCUUUUGCCUUGGCCAUGGUGGAGAGUUUGGAAUCUGAUUGAUUGAUUGCUUCUGUGGACAGGUGUCUUUUUUAUAGGUAACACGCUGAGAUUAGGAGCACUCCCUUUAAGAGUGUGCUCCUAAUCUCAGCUCGUUACCUGUAUAAAAGACACCUGAGAGCCAGAAAUCUUUCUGAUUGAGAGGGGGUCAAAUACUUAUUUCCCUCAUUAAAAUGCAAAUCAAUUUAUAACAUUUUUGACAUGCAUUUUCCUGGAUUUUUUUGUUGUUAUUCUGUCUCUCACUGUUCAAAUAAACCUACCAUUAAAAUUAUAGACUGAUCAUUUCUUUGUCAGUGGGCAAACGUACAAAAUCAGCAGGGGAUGAAAUACUUUUUUCCCUCACUGUAUAUCAUACUCUUGAAAAUUGAUGGUCUGUGUAGUUUACAACAACAACAUGGUGACCUUUCACAAAUCGGUGUCCUUUCUCUCUGUUUCCCCAUUAGGCUUUAAUGUGAACCACCUGGACAUUGCUCCCCGCUAUGCCAGUAUCCUCAUGGGCAUAUCCAACGGUGUGGGCACUCUGUCUGGCAUGGUGUGCCCGCUCAUUGUUGGCGCCAUGACCAAACAUAAGGUACAAAAGGACUCUACUUCCACACAAUAUAAUACAUCACACUGCCCACUGCAUUCAUUACUAACUACUACACAUCAUAUAAAUCAUUAUCUAUCAUAACACAGCAAGACACUCAUGGAGGAGUAAGAGACGCAUUCUUAUUCAAUAUUCAUCCUUUCAGACCUUUCUCUUUUAUCACUUGUUUAAUUGAUUGUUCUCACCCCCAUUCACUUUCUUUUGUACUUUCUCUCUCCCUCACACACACACUCUCUCACUCUCUAUCCCUCGGUCUAACAAUCUCCUCUUUCCCUUUCUCCUCCCUCUCUCGCCUUAGACGCGGGAAGAGUGGCAGUAUGUGUUUCUCAUUGCUGCACUCGUUCAUUACGGAGGUGUUAUAUUCUAUGGUGUGUAUUCUCUCUCGGUAUUCUUUUCCCCCAUCCCUCUCUUUGUACAUCCUAAUGAAGCUGUAUAAUAAUGCUCCGUUUCACAACAAUUGUUUGCCAUUUACUUUUGAAUUGACCCUGAAGUAAAUAAAUGUGUCUCAUUUGUAUCAAACUCAUUUCAUGCCAAACAAGCUAGAUCAUUCAUAAAAAAUCUAACAUGUAUUCUCAUAUUGCUAUUCCCUCUUGCACUAUUGCGUAACCUUUUGUAAUAAUAUUUAGAUAUCAUUAAUUUUGGUCCUACAUUUUUUUCCAUAUGUUAAUGCAACCCUUUAGUGUAGAACUAAAUAAUCUAGAUCCAAGUCAAGUAAGUACAGCUUUGGGCAGAAUUAUUUUAUUUGUCUUUUGUAUUCCAGGACUUUUUGCCUCCGGAGAAAAGCAGUGGUGGGCAGAGCCCGAGCAACUUAGCGAUGACAAAUGUGGAAUUCUGGAUGAGGAUGAGCUGGCCAACGAGACGGAGGAGUUGUACCGUACCAGCGGAGGAGGCGGCUACGGAGCAACGAGCCAAGCCCCGGAUCCCAAUGGAGGAGGAGGGGGUGCAGGAACCUGGGUUUCGGACUGGGACAAGACUGAAGAGCUAGUACAACCACCAGGAACCAAUAGUUACCUAUAUGGAGGAGAGGAAGACAGGGAACUAACAUAGAGGGAGUUACAGGUAUGAGUUACAGGGUGGGGUAGCAGACAGAAAGAGUACAUAAAAGAGUGAAACGUUUCCUUGUGGCACAGGAACUUGGAAAGGGGUG